UCUUUCUUCUGUCAAAAGGAUUUAAAAGUCAUUUUGGACUAGGAUUCCGCGUAGAGACCACGGGUAUGAUUUUGCAGACAUCUAUAUAUAAAUAUAAAUAUGACGUCGUAGAAUUGGUGUGGUGCAGAAGAGAGUCGAAACAGAGUCUGAGAUAGAAGAUUACUAUUUUUUUUGCUGAAUGAGAAGAUCAAUAGAAGGUAGAAAAUUGCUGAGCAUAGAGAGACACAUGAUGGACGAAAAGAUUGAUGUCGUGGAUCGAACAUCCGAUUUGCCUGAAUUUAUCUUGCAUCACAUCUUGUCCUUCCUACCCCGAAAAGAGGCAACUAAGAUUUGUCUCUUGUCCAAGAAAUGGAAUUGUGUAUGGUCUUCAUUUCCGAUUUUGGAUUUUGAUCAAGCUCUUGGUAAGGGCAAUAUCAUGCCCGAUACGAGUCUAGAUAAUAAAAAAAGAGUUGAAAAGUUCAUGAAUAAUGUGGAUACAUCUUUAAGUAGAUUUCACGAUCAUAAUUUGAAGAUGCAGAAAUUUGAACUUCACAUGACACUUGUUGACUUCAAGUUGGCUUCAUUGGUUGAUAAAUGGAUAGAGUUGGCCUUCGAACAUGAUGCCCGGGAGAUAGGUUUUCAAGUGAGAACUGAAGUGAAUUCAUGGUAUACUUUUCCUAGAACAAUAUUUGUUGCAAAAUCAACAAAUGGUUGUAAGUUAGAGCAACCAUGUACUUGGAGUGCUGUGAAAUUUUAUUCCCUACAGAAGUUGGUGCUUGGGUAUCUUUGUGUGAGCGAAGAGAUUAUCCAAGAUAUCAUUCGUUGUUGCCCUUUUAUCACAGAUUUUCUUAUUGUAGGAUGUCACGGAUUGAAAAAUUUGGAGAUCUCCAAACUUUCUAAACUUUGCAAGGUUGAGGUGACUCCUCUCGAACAAGAAGUUGAGAACAUCAAAGUUGAAGCAGCAAAUCUUCAACAUUUCAGCUUUAAUUAUUCACGCGAACGCCAAUGUCUAUUGGACAUCACUGCAUGCCAAAAUUUGAAAGAAUUAUACUUGACAGAUUUGAGAAUUACAGACCAAAAUCUUCACUUCAAUAUUUCUAGAUUCCCCCACCUUGAAACUUUGGAGGUUAGUGGCUGCAUCAUGUUGGAAAGGGUCAAGAUUUCUGCACAAAGGCUUAGAAUGUUAACAUUUGAAACAUGCGAAAAGCUGUUGGAGCUUGAAAUUGAUAGUCCAAAUCUGUCAUCAUUCAAAUACUUCAGUCUAGAGAAUGUAUUUCCUAUGAUUUUUCCAAAGAAUGCUCCAUGUCCUUUUGAGCUUACUUUUGUAUUAUAUAAUAUUGUUGACACUCUUUGGUUCCUUAAGUUGAGGGAAUUUCUAGCAAUGUCAAAUCAAAGAAAAGUUUUGAAGCUAAUAGUCAUUUGUGAAGAGGUUACAUUUAAUCUUGAAGAUUUGAGAGGAAUUACACUUCCUCCGUCAUUCGAACUUGAACUUAUGAUGCUAGAGGUACGGAUGUCGGCACUGUCAAUAGAUUGUGGAAGUCUUAUAGAUGGCUUGCUUUGGAGUUGUCGUCCAAAACAAUUGUCAUUGCCAACAGGUUUGGAGUCCGGGAAGAAGUGCAUAAAGGUGCUGUGUGAAGAUAUAUUGGAUAAAGAAGAUAGGGACUUUUCUUGUUGUUGGCGACAUCAUUUUAAAGGUGCAAAGAUCAAGAGUAUUGCUGGGAUUGAAGGUGAAAAGCUUCUUGAUUGCAAAACUUUGUUAGAUACGUUGCCUACUCUUGUAAAGGGUCAAGAGAUUCAAUUUAGAUUGGAUUGGAACACCAUUUGCAUGGAAGGGUGCAUUAGAAUAUGAAGUAAUAUAGUUUUGUGAAAUAAAUUAAUGCUUGUCAAAUUUGUAUUAUCCGUUUGAUCAACACCUAUGAUUAAACAUUGUA